AUGUGCUCCACCCAAAUGAUCCUCAUCAUUUUGAUUGGCAUUGCCACCAUUGAAACUGUGACUGGUUUUAGUGGUGGUGGUGUUGAAAUGUCCUGUAACACAAUGUUGCCCCAACAUUUUCAUCCCACACCUGAGAGUGGUCCAUUACCGUUCAGUGUCACUAAACAUUUCUGUUCCCGUGCUGAAGGAGAUCAGACUAAAGGUAAAGUUCAAAGCACCCUCAAUGUGUGUGUGUGUGUGCAUGUGAAUAAAUGUGUGCAACUUGGAGUAAAUUAAUAAAUGCAUUUAAGAAUAGAGAAGGCAAUAUUCAGCAUUUACACAGGCAGCCCAAUUCUGAUAUUUCUUUCACUUAUUGGUCUUUUGACUAAUCAGAUCAGCUCUGAAAAAGAUCUGACGUGUAAAGAUCUGAUGUGAUUGGUCAAAAUACCAAUUAGUGGAAAACGGAUCAGAAUUGGGCAGCCCUAAUUGGGCCAUGUCAGAUGAGCUUGACUAUCAUUGGUUACAUAAUUUCCUCUUUAUGUGAAGCCUAAUAGUGGAUGGUACUGAACAAAAAUAUAAACGCAACAUGCAACCAUUUCAAAGAUUUGACUGAGUUACAGUUCAUAUAAGGAAAUCUAUGGAUUUCACAUGACUGGGAAUUACAGAUAUUCAUCUGUUGGUCACAGAUACCUUUUAAAAAAGGUAGGGGCAUGGAUCAGAAAACCAGUCAGUAUCUGAUGUGACCACCAUUUGCCUCAUGCAGUGUGACACAUCUCCUUCGCAUAGAGUUGAUCAGGCUGUUGAUUGUGGCCUGUGGAAUGUUGUCCCACUCCUCUUCAAUGGCUGUGCGAUGUUGCUGGAUAUUGGCAGGAACUGGAACACGCUGUGGUACACGUCGAUCCAGAGCAUCCCAAACAUGCUCAAUGGGUGACAUGUCUGGUGAGUAUGCAGGCCAUGGAAGAACUGGGACAUUUUCAGCUUCUAGGAAUUGUGUAUAGAUCCUUGCGACAUGGGGCCAUGCAUUAUCAUGCUGAUACAUGAGGUGAUGGCGCUGGAUGAAUGGCACGACAAUAGGCCUCAGGAUCUCGUCACAGUAUCUCUACGCAUUCAAUUUGCCAUCGAUAAAAUGCAAUUGGGUUCGUUGUCCGUAGUUUAUGCCUGCCCAUACCAUAAUCCCACUGCCACCAUGGGGCACUCUGUUCACAACGUUGACAUCAGCAAACCGCUCGUACAGUUGAAACCGGGAUUAAUCCGUGAAGAGCACACUUCUCCAGCGUGCCAGUGGUCAUCGAAGGUGAGCAUUUGCCCACUGAAGUCGGUUACAACGCCAAACUGCAGUCAGGUCAAGACCCUGAUGAGGACGACGAGCACGCAAACCCACAAUUUCAUCAGCUGUCCAGGUGGCUGGUCUCAGACGAUCCCACAGGUGAAGAAGCCGGAUGUGGAGGUCCUGGGCUGACGUGGUUACACGUGGUCUGCGGUUGUGAGGCUGGUUGGACGUACUGCCAAAUUCUCUAAAACGACUUUGGAAGCGGCUUAUGGUAGUGAAAUGAACAUUACAUUCUCUGGCAACAGCUCUGGAGGACAUUCCUGAAGUCAGCAUGCCAAUUACACGCUCCCUCAAAACUUGAGACAUCUGUGGCAUUGUGUUUUGUGACAAAACUGCACAUUGUAGAGUGGCCUUUUAUUGUCCAUAGCACAAGGUGCAUCUGUGUAAUGAUCAUGCUGUUUAAUCAGCUUCUUGAUAUGCCACACCUGUCAGGGGGAUGGACUAUCUUGGCAAAGCAGAAAUGCUCACCAACAGGGAUGUAAACAAAUUUGUGCACAACAUUUGAGAGAAAUAAGCUUUUUGUGCGUAAGGAAAAUUUCUGGGAUGAACCUGUCUAUGUUUCUAUUAAUGUGUUACAGUGAUACUCCAAGCUGAUACUGCCACUCCGUUUAAAGGGUUUCUGUUGGAGGCUAGGGAAUCUCAGGAUGGACCUGCUGCUGGCACCUUCACUCUGCUCAAUCCCACUCAUAGCCGCCUUCUUGAGUGCAAUGGGAAUCCAGUGAGUCUGCUCUAAUAGGAGUGUUUUCCCCUUCUUGUUGCUUAGUUACCCUCUUAUUGCAGUUUAUUUUACCCUCCUUAUUCCUCAUCUCAUGGGAUCAAGCAUCAAUCUCAUGAUCAGACAAUAAUAAUGGUAAAAGGGUGUCAUCAAGCAAAGGUGCUUUGAAAUUAACUGUAUGACACCUUUGAUGUCAGUCUGUCCUUGACUGUAAAGUGUGUGUGUAGGCAGCUGCUGUUACCCAACCCAACAACCAACCCAAGACAUCCAUCGAAGCCAAUUGGACCGCACCAAGCAAAGGAGUUUUCUAUUUCAGGUCAUUAUUCAUGCAUUCAUUAAUUAUUUUACUGUAAUUUGCUGUUGUCACACUACAGUAAAAGGGACAUUCAGUCUGAAAGCAUGUUUAUUUAUAUUUUUCAGAGUCACAUUUAUUAAAGACGUUAUGAAGUUCUGGAUACCAGAGGCCAUUAACAUCACCACCUGUCCCACUACUACCACUCCUACUCCUACUCCUACUCCUACUACCACUACUACUCCUACUACCACUACUACUCCUACUACCACUACUACUCCUACUACCACUACUACUCCUACUACCACUACUACUCUCACUACUGCUCUGAGAAUGAUUGACUGUAACAUAUCUGCACCCUCUACGUGUAUGCUUAUUAGCACUCUCAUUCGGCCUUCACUCUUGGUCAUGAGUCUUCCAAAAGGCCGGACACUUUGGCAUAAGGUAAGUAAUUAUAUGGAUUUUAAUAUUUUCCUUCUAAUUCUUUCAGUGUCUUGUUUAGGAAAAUCUCGCAUGACUUCGUACAGCUGGGGUCAUAUCCAGAAAGCAUCUCAGAGUAUAAAAUUGUUGCUGAGAAUAGAGACAUUUUACUCCUACUCUUAUGGGUAACAAUAAAAGCUAUGCAUGAAGCCUCUUCUUUAGUCAUAAGAGUCCCACCUAGUCAACAGAUAUUUAGGAAACCUCAUGAGCUGUCCUAACCAGUUAAGAGUUACCAGCAGGUGUCUUGAUAAUAGAAAAAGGCAGCGAGUCAGUGGUUCUUGCACCAUAGAAUAAUGUUUUGAUAUUUCUAUAUGAUCAACCCAUAAAUGAUCAACCCAUAAAUGAUCAACCCAUAAAUGAUCAACCCAUAAAUAAUCUAGCCCUACAUGCUAAUUGUGCUUUUGAGAAUGAUUUCACGAGGCCUAAUUCACAUGAUAUGACUCAAUACUUAUAACCACUAGGUUAAUAAAUAAUCACAAUAUUUUGAUUAUUUCAUUAGUGUACAUCAUGUUAUUUCAAGUUAUCCCUUUGGAGCGCACGCUGUUAAAAAAAUAUGCCUAAAUUGGGCAUGCCUAUAAAUUGGGCAAUGGAAAGCAUAGGGUUUAUGUUAUUUUUGAUUUUGUUAGGCUAAAAUGAUAAGACCUUUCAAGAGUUUUAUCAGGGCCGGCCACAGGCAUAAGCGGUCGCUUAGGGUCCCCGACCCAAUUAUUAUUAUGUAGUAUUUUUUGGGGGGGGGGGAACUCAACUUACUGUUGAGAGUUAGAAUAGUAGAAUACACAAGGUGCAAUUUCGAAAUGUGGUUGUCCAUCAGCAGUUUUUCUGUUGGUACGUCAGUCACAAGCUAUAUUUCCAUGAACUUGUCCAGUGAUUCUCCCACCUAUCUGUUUCCUGUCCCAAAAGCCAGCAUGGAUAGAAUGCAAGAAUUGACAAAUAUUUGCCAUAUUCUAAUAAUUAUUAUGCGCCAGUGUAUCGCCACGGUCCGUGCCAUGGUGAAACUUGCGCUCCUGUAGAUCUGAAAUGGUGAAACUUGCAUCCAGCCAACCAGACAAGCAAGGCAAAUUAAGGCAGUUUCCAUUACAUUUUUUUUGCAACAUUGCUUUUGUCGAAUAAACCUUGGUCAAUGGAAACCUGCCUACUGACAGUCUCUCAAUUAGCCCAUGUCAGCUAACAUUUUUUAGAUUGGUAAGUUAGUGUAGCCAGCUAUCUAAACUUGUAGUAAUCAUGGUCGAAUUAUCGACCAGACACGAACGGCACGUGCCCAGGGGCCCUGACCUCCAGAGGGCCCCCAUUGAUUUUGUUAGUCACUCUUACUCAGACAUCAUAAGUCAUGGCACAAUGUGUAUAAUUGCAGGAAAUUUGCCUUAAAACUGCAAAAACAUUAUCUCCACACUAUGGCAAAAUGUGUAGAAUUGCAGGAAAUUAACUGUAAAAUUGCAACAAGAUCUCCACACCAUGACAAAAUGAGUAGAAUUGCAUGAAAUUAGUUUAAAAAUUGCAAAAUCUUCUCUGCCCAUGGCAAAAUGUGUAGAAUUGCAGCAAACUUGCUUUAAAACUGCAACAUUGUCUCUGCACCCCAUGGUAAAAUGUGUAGAAUUGCAGUAAAUUAACUUUAAAACCGUCAAGAGCGGGGCCACUCAAAUGUGGGGGGGACCCACCAACAAAACUUUGCUUAGGGCCCCCAAAAGGCUAGGGCUGGUGCUGCGUUUUAUGUAACAUUAUCUGCAAGUGACUUGAUGCUUACUGUAUGAUUCGGUGCAUUAUUCAAAAUGGUUUAGAAAAAGGUUAUGCAUGCCAACAUAUUAGGCAAGAAUUAAGAGUUGGCAAAGUGAUCGUGUCAGGCGUAAACUAUAUAAAACGCUAACGCAAGAACAUUGCCUUUCAAUUUCAAUCAUGCUGUAAUGAUGAACUUUGGUGAUACGGAUUGAAUAGAGCCCUAUAUUUCCUUUGCGGUACCUCAAAAUGUCAUGAUUACCAUCUGAGAAAAUUGUAUUAAUUGAUUUUACUCCUGGCGCAGAGUUUUUCUGGGCAGUGUCUUAACAUCACCCUAAAACCUACUCUGAGCUGGGAUUUUUGUUUUGUUAAAAACAGGUUCUGAUAGGAUUCCUAGGACCUUUUCUGAGACACUUUGUGGAUACGGCCCCUUCUGCACUUAGUCAUGUUGUAGAUGAUUCUGGUUUAAAUCUGUACCUCUCCGACUGAUCUUUUGUCUGGAAAUGUUUAGUGUCUACAGUGCCAUACUGUCUAUUCUAUUAGUAUAAUGUUGGGUAAUGAUUUGACAACAGUUGUUAUUUUGUUGCAGGGGUUCAAGAUUUUGUUGUGUCCUCUCUCAAUGGUUGCAGCCAUCAUCGCCUUUAUUAUUUUGCUGCUAUGGGAGCCCACACAAGUAUGUAUCAAUUAUUUGUUAUAUUCUUUAUUUAAGCAACAAGGCCCAAGGGGGUGUGGUAUAUUGGCAAUUAUAAACUGGGUGGAUCGAGCCCUGAAUGCUGAUUGGAUGACAGCCGUGGUAUAUCAGACCAUAUACCACGAGUAUUACAAAACAUGUAUUUUUACAGCUCUAAUUACAUUGGUAACCAAUAUAUAAUAGCAAUAAGGCACCUCUGGGGUUUGUGGUAUGUGGCCUGUAUACCACACCCCCCCAGGCCUUAUUGCUUAAAUAUACAGUACCACAGCUAUGGGCAGUUUUUAUUCACGUCGUGGUAUAUUGUCCUUACACCACAAACCGGAGGUGCCUUAUUGCUAUUUUAUACAAUGGGUGGGUCUAAUCCUGAAUGCUGAUUGGUUAAAACCGCAUUCCAGCCAGUGUCUAUUUCACAAGUUACCACCAGCUAAAUCUAUGAGACAUUAUCUCACAUUUCUUUUAGACUAACAUUUCGUUUUCAACAGCGGAGAUUUGUAUAAACCUUGCUGUCUAUCUCUCCGACAUUUUCAACAUUGUUUCAAUAUUCAAAUUCGAUCUCCAGAUGUCCCAUAGUAAUGAACGUGUCGGGAGUCUGGAUGAGACAGACAGGCAGCGUUUCUCAGCCAGUCGAAAUCAUGAAUCAGCUGGCAUCCUUUUUAUGGAUGUAUACAAAGAAAUGUCAAUUGAAAAAAGGUGCAGCUAGUAUGCAGUCUUUCCAGCGUCAGUUUGAAGUGAUUGUGUUAGCUGUGUUGUUGGCUAGCUCCUCUGAACAACAGUGUCCUGAUGAGUGAGCACAUUUUCUAUGCCAGGCGAAAUCACGCCUCAUUAGCUCAUUGUUAUGAAUGUAUCCAAAUAAAUGUCACUAGAAAACAGUUUAAACAAAUGCAAAUGCAGCUACUUUGCUGUUAAUCUGGCUACAUGUUUUGACGUGACUGUAAAUUAGCCGUAGUUGACUAGCUAGCAAGCAAGGGAAAAUAACGUUGGCAGCCAGUUUGGCAAUGGAACAUUUAGAACAAACGACUGGGUCGCUUUUAAAGAUACAGAAAAAAAAGACAGAAUGACUGGGUUGCGUCUAUAGAUACAGAUCAAAAAGACUGAACGACUGGGUCGCGUCUAUAGAUACAGAAAAAAAAGACAAUGACUGGGUCGCGUCUAUAGAUACAGAUCAAAAAGACUGAAUGACUGGGUCGCGUCUCUAGCAACCGAACCGAUAGAACGAACGACCAGCCGGCUUGGGUAGCAACCCUAGAUUUGUGUCGGGACUAUAUCUUGUGGAAGGAUGAAAUAGUAUGAAUAAAUUCAUAAAAAUAAUGUUUUUAAUGAAAAUGUCAAUCAUUAUUUGAAUAUGUUGGUAACUGUGUGUAUAUGACAAUAUGCAGUACAUGUUUACUGUUCAAUUUAUGUUGGUAACCGGUUUAUAUAAGUGAUAAUGCACGAGAAGUCAGUGUUUGGAGGAUAUAACACCCAUGCCAAUAUAUCCUCCAAACACCAGUUACCAAAAUAAAUGGAACAGUAAACAAGUAGUGUAUGUUUAGGUCAUACCCGGGCUCCCGAGUGGUGCAGCUGUCUAAGGCACUGCAUCUCAGUGCUUGAGGCGUCACUACAGACCCCCUGGUUCGAUUCCAGGCUGUAUCACAACCGGCCGUGAUUGGGAGUCCCAUAGGGCGGCGCACAAUUGGCCCAGCGUCGUCUGGGUUUGGCCGCUGUAGGCCGUCAUUGUAAAUAAGAAUUUGUUCUUAACUGACUUGCCUAGUUAAAUAAAUUUAAAAAAAUAUUGUCAUAUACACACGGUUGGAAUGCUGUUUCAGCCAAUCAGCAUCCAGGACCCAAACUACCCAGUUUAUAAUAGUGUAUAGACUUUCUUCCUGCUAGAACACUGUACUACUGUUCAGGGUUGGGUUAAACUCCAUGUUGAGAUGAAAUGUGUGUGUGCUUUUGUCUUAUAGAUAACUCUCAUGGCUCUUGUGGGUGUGGCAAUGAUCCUGAGCUUGGGACAAACCAUUAUUGUUUUUCUACCCUUUGGGCCCAGCCAUGAACUGUGAGUUCCUCAAAUCAAAGCCUGAAAAUGUGUGUUGAAAGUACUUGAAUUGAACCUCACAUUAGUAAAGAUGUCAUUUUAUGUACAUUUUUUCAGGAGGUCCAUCUGUGAUUUGGUUCUCAGAGUGAUUGCCUUCACAACUGAGGUUUUUACCAGUAAGGAACACCUUUUGAUUAUAACUGAAGGAAAACAAUUGGUCAUAGCUCAUGUUAAGUUGCGUCAAUUCAAAUCUGGUAUUAGGAACAAAAGAGGUCAAUACACGUCUUCUAAAAUAGACUAGUAUUUUAAUUAAUGCAAACCACUUCAAUGGUAAAUAUGAUGUUCGUAUAUAUGGGUCCACUGAAAUUCCACGCAGGGCACUCAGAGAACUGAUCCAUUGUUACAGGCUCUUCUUUAAAUACCCUGACAGUGAUAGUUCCCGCUCCUUGCUGGGCCUAUCAGGGUAGAGACUGAGCGUGGUUUAGACUUACUCAGCCUAUCGUUGGCGCACAGGCUGGUCCCAGCCCCUUGGUGCUUCACUGUUGCAUACUGUUGCCAGGCAUAAGUUGUUAUCAUCACAACUUGUAGCAUCAGCACCUUUUUGCAGUACACGUCCUUGAGCAUGGUUUAACAAAGAGGCAGUGUGUAUGUGUCUAUGAGAAAUACAAGUCUGUCUCACCCUACUCCCUAACAUUCCUCACAUGAAUCACAGCUUGUUAUGUUAAACAAUUUAUAUCAGUACAGUACAAACCUAUAAUGUUUAAUCAUUAAUGCAUUCUUUCUAAGCUAGGCAUCACAUUCAGUUAUAAAAAAUAGAUCCCCACACUCAUGUGAUUCCAUAGUGAAGCAUAGUUGACUCGUCAGAUCUAACCUAUAGUUUACAAGAAAUCUUUCUCUUCUCGUUUGGCGGAACCCUGUAAGGUUGCGAACAAAAUCAACAAUUUCUGAGGGUUAGAUUAGUUCUGUAGAAGGCUUACUACAGUAUACCUACCCUGUGUGUUGUGGUGUUCACAGUGCAUAAGAUCACAUUUUCAGGUUUAGCCUUCUCAACCUAGUUAGUAGUACAAUGUAAUUGUUCCCUCGAUCUCUCAAACUCGAGCUGCAUGUGCUUUUCUCUCCUUCGGUAUUUCUCAUCCCUCUCUCUAACACAGUGGCGGCCAUAUUUGUGGGUUUGGUGGAAAUUGAGAAGUGCUGCUCGAUACACUGGCGCAUGAAAGUGAUGGGAGGGUAUGCAGCCUGGGUGGCUCUGUUCUACUUGAUGUUCAUAUACCUCUAUUGCAACCAGAGUUACCAGAGGAAAAGUAAGAUUUGUAAAUAUUAAGCAGGUUACUGUUUUUCGUCGUGAAUCUUGUUCUGGGGGCAGCUCUGAAUAGUGGUCACUAGCUGGCACUGAUAACCCUAAUGCCUAACCUGAAUCUUAAAUUAAGACCAAAAAGCACUUUGAUCUGGCCUAUCUAAGGGGAAAUCGCUCAGUUCUGCCUCCAGGGCAAGAGUCAUGACAAUAAAUGUCAACCUGCGAAUAUUAACGUCUCAACUCACCGUUCAAGAUAUUGGCAUUUCUUUAAAAUGUAAGUCGAUUUAAUAUGUUUUUGUGUCUUCUGUUCAUCUCGCAGGAAAUUCAGGUACUGAUGACAAAUGGAUUGUGCCAAACAGAACGGUAAGCUCAGUGUCAAUCCUCAGCUCUCAAUGAAGCCUGAACCCAAUUAAACUUUUAGGUAAUCAUAUUAUAAAGGUCACAGUGUUCGGGGGGGGGGGGGGGGGGGGGCUUUGAAAUGCAAUGUGUCAAAACACAAUUUCAUGUCACUUUUAAAAAUUGUAGUAUUUCUUUUCUUUUCAGAUAUCCUUUUCAGAUAUCCUCCUCAAAGUUAUCCUCGUUCUGGGCAACCUGGGUUUUACAGUGGCUCUUAUCAUUGGAAUAUAUACUUAUGAGACAUGAAGGCGGUGUAAAGCAAGAGGUUUGCAUCAUUGCAUUGAAACAUGGAUGGGCGUGUUAUUCACUUGGUAACAUACUGUAUGUCACACAUGCACUUUAAGACUUGUUUAUCAUGGGUUUGGGUUACAAUACACGUUAAUACUGUAUCAUGAAUACUUAGAUGUUUUACUAUAGCUAGGUUUCCAUCCAAUU